UUUUUUUGUUUUAAUUUUCCCAUUUUGUCAAUGUUUUCACGUUACCCUUUUGCGCUUUUUCCCCUCCCCUCUUCCCCCUAAACUUCAGGGAACCUCCCUGUGUUUUGACUUCCUCUCUUGCUCCUUGUUUCCUCUGUUUGGUUCUGUGAAUUCUUUCAAAUUUUGGGUUUUCUUUAGAUCUGAUUGAUUUCUUUGCAAUCUAUCGUGGUAGUGAUUUUGGUUAUGUUGUAAAGUUGCAAUCUUUUCUUUCUGGCUUUUCCAUGUUGACACUAGAAUUAUGUUGAUUAGGAGGUCCUGGAAAUUCAAAGCAAGUGGGUAUUUUGUAUUAUGGCUUUGAAUUUAAUUUUUGAGUCAUCUGAUAUGGUGGGUAAUUUCAUCAAAUGGGUCAAUUUGGGAUCUUGAGUUUGGAGCUUCAUGGGUUUUGAUUGGCGUGUAGGCGUGCUUUUUGUUUACAUUUAAUCGUUUCUAUAGACAUGUGUGGUUUCUAGGUAGAUCAGGAAUACAGGAUUAAAUGUUUUAAUUAGCAGUGGAAAGGAUCUGUGGAUGAUGGGUUUUAAAUUUUCUUGGUCAUGAUUUUCAGCCUUUGAUUGGAUUUUAAUGGCUUAUUUCUCUGAGCCGUCGUCUUCUUUGAGCUUUACUUCAUUUUCUCAUUUGUCAAAUGGCUCAACUACUCCCAGCACAUGCUCUUUUUCUGGCCCUGAAACUGGUUCUAAUCUUGAAGUGUUGAGUUUAAGCAAGCUUAGCUGUCAUCUGGGGCAACUUCUGUCUGAACAUGAUUGUGAUUACAGUGAUGCUGAUAUAGUUGUUGAGGGUAUUCAUGUUGGUGUUCAUAGAUGUAUUUUAGCCGCCAGGAGUAAGUUCUUUCAUGAGCUAUUCAAGAAGGGAAAUGAGUCUUCUGAGAAAGAAAAAAAGCCAAAGUAUCACAUGAGCGAAUUCCUGCCUUAUGGCAAGAUUGGAUAUGAAGCUUUUCUGAUCUUCUUGAGCUACUUGUACACCGGAAAGCUCAAGCCUUCUCCAAUGGAGGUUUCAAACUGUGUGGAUACUGUAUGUGUUCAUGAUGCCUGUCGACCUGCCAUUAAUUUUGCUGUGGAAUUGAUGUAUGCAUCAUCCAUAUUUCAAAUACCAGAGCUGGUUUCACUUUUUCAGCGGCGUCUUCUAAAUUUUGUUGACAAGGCUCUUGUAGAAGAUGUUAUCCCAAUCCUCGUUGUUGCAUUCCAUUGUCAAUGCAGCCAACUUGUUUCUCAGUGUGUUGACAGAGUGGCGCGGUCAGAUCUUGACAAUGUUUCAAUAGAGAAAGAACUUCCUUACGAAGUUGCAGAGAGUAUUAGAUUGCUUCGAAACAAGACUCCAGCAGAGGAAGAAGAUGACAUAAUGCCUGUGGACCCUUUGCGAGAGAAGAGAAUCAGGAGCAUACACAAAGCAUUAGACUCUGAUGAUGUUGAACUUGUAAAACUUCUCCUGAGUGAGUCUAAAGUAACCUUAGAUGAUGCCCAUGCCCUCCAUUAUGCUGUAGCCUAUUGUGAUCCCAAGGUUGUGUCUGAAGUUCUUGGCAUGCAGCUGGCUGAUGUAAAUCUGCGGAAUUCUCGUGGUUAUACAGUUCUUCACAUUGCUGCAAUGCGUAAAGAGCCAUCCAUAAUAAUGUCACUUCUGACAAAAAGGGCUUUUCCUUCAGAAUUGACACCUGAUGGACGCAGUGCUGUUAACAUCUGUCGAAGGUUAAUAAGACCAAAGGACUAUCACGCAAAAACAGAGCAAGGGAAGGAAACAAAUAAAGACCGUAUAUGCAUUGAUAUUCUUGAGAGAGAAAUGCGGAGGAAUCCAAUGGCUGGAGACAUAUCUGUCACCUCUUAUGCAUUGACUGAUGAUCUGCACAUGAAACUGCUGUACUUGGAGAACAGAGUGGCAUUUGCACGAUUGUUUUUCCCAAGUGAAGCCAAGCUAGCCAUGGACAUUGCAAAUGCAGAGACAACAUCUGAGUUCGCUGGUCUUUCUGCCGCAAAAGGUUCAAGUGGGAACUUAAGAGAGGUCGACUUAAAUGAGACACCCAUCGUGCAGAACAAAAGACUUUGUUCAAGGAUGGAGGCACUUAUGAAAACUGUGGAGUUGGGCAGGCGCUAUUUCCCUCAUUGCUCAGAAGUGCUGGAUAGAUUCAUGGAGGAUGACCUUCAGGAGUUAUUUUACCUUGAUACAGGCACUCCUGAGGAACAGAGAAUUAAGAGAACGCGUUUCAUGGAGCUUAAAGAAGAUGUUCAGAAGGCCUUCAACAAGGACAAGGCUGAGAUUAGCCGCUCUGGGUUAUCUUCAUCCUCCUCGUCAACCUCUCUGAAAAAUGCUAUAGGUAAGCUUAGAAGAUUGUGAAGAAAUAUAAGAAACCCUUAAAAUAAGGCUGUUGACCAAAUGCUAAAUUUUAGUGUAUGAUUGACUCCUGCUAUCUUGCACAACUCUAGCUAUGGAAACCCCCCCCCCCCCCUGUGACUGGCACUGGGUGGUAAAGGUAGGAAAAGGCUUUAUACUUAAGAAAGUUCAUAGGAAACUGUCCUUUUCAAGUAAAUUUGACUGAUUCAUUUACAUUUCUUGUGUAAUGCAUCCGAACCAUGGGAUUAUCUGUGAAAUUGUUGUUGUAUUACAGAAGAAGUUGUUUGUUUGUGUUUUAUUUAUUUAUUUAUUUAUUUUUAACAAGUUACAAUUUGUGGGAGGGGGAAUGUGACUCAAACCCAGGUCAUGUGCUUAGAGGGCAAGUUAUUUUAUCUUGUACUUCAUGAUUACGAAAAGGGCAGUCCAAUUUGAUGCCCUUUAUUGCAGCAUUGAGCGGAGCCAUGAACUUUUUCAUGGGGGAAAAAAUAUGAUCUUUAGCGGCCUCCUCAAGCGGGCAAAGAAUAUGCCUUGGAAUACAAGUCACUGGCGCCGGCAUCUUCAUCUGGGUUUUUUUAGCUUGGAAGCGUCUCCUUAACUUCUUCUGAUGUCACACAUGACGUUGCCAUUGGUAUAUCAGAUCAGUGGUGCUGCGUUAUAUAGAAAAGACAUACAAUGGACAGACAUUGUCAAUGAGAAGAAUAAAAUCUGGACUCAUUC